AUGUGCUGUCUGAAAUUAGCUACAUUACUGAUCGCUAUCACUAUCAUUCAAGCAGAAUUGGCGAGCGCCGCCACAACGAAAUACAUCAGUCUUGAAACUUUAGUCGAUAAAGCAUUAAAAGAAAUGACUAGGAGAGAUGAAAUUACAAGACGAGCCGAUAUUUCCAUGAUCGAUGUUAUUUCUGGAAACAUCAGAAAUAGCAGAGAAAAUACUGCAAAUGGAAAAGAAAUGGUGAAGAAAUACCAUAAAGAAUUAUUUAACAAGGUUCAGAAACUUAAAGCCCGCGAGAAAGACACACAGAGUAGAGAAGAUACGGCAAAUAUAAGGGACAUGAUAAAGGAACACUACAGAAAAAAAUUUGACUUAGCUCAUAAAAUUAAAAAUCGUGGAAUAAACGCGCAGAAUAGAUAUCAUGUAGCAAAAAAAAUACUACAGGAACACUACAAAAAUUGUCUUGCUUUGGUUAACGAAAUUAAAGCUUCUGAAAAUAGUAAGCAGAGCGGAGAAGAUAUGGCUAAAAAAAAAGAAAUGACAGAGAACUACUGCAAAAAAUUAUUUGAUGUGGCUAAAGAAAUUAAAUCUCAUGAAGAAAACAUGCAGAGCAGAGAAGAUAGAGCAAAAGAGGAAGAGAUGGAAAAGGAAUUCUAUAAAAAUAGAAUUGCCUUGGCUAAGAAAAUUAUAGCUCACGGAGUAGGCUCACAAAACAAAGAAGAAAAAGUGAAGGAAGCAGUAAAAGAGCAAUACAGGAAAAUUUUGGCUUUGGUUGACAAAAUUCAAGCUUACGAAAAUAACAUGAAAAGAGCAGGUGGGGCAAAAGUAAAAGAAAUAGUAAGAGAAUACUAUAACAAAUUAUUUGCCAUGGCUCAAAAAAUUGAAGCGCACGAAAAAGCCGCACAGAAUAAAAUGACUCGAAUGGUAUUCGCAUAA